GGAAAGUAUGCCUAAAGUUAUUGAAGAAGAGAGCACCAGGAAAAUCAGUUUAGAGAAAUCUACCCUAGAAAAAACCAAGAAGCAAGAUAAUACCAGAUGACAGAGUAUUUUCUAUAAGAUUUUUACAAGUGAAAUAGAAAUUAAGCCAUUGGAUCCGGACUAUGGAGAAAAUCCAGAAAAUUGUGAUCUUGAAAUUGACCUCAAUAAUAUUCAGGAUAUGAAACUUUCACAAAGAUUCAAACAUUUCAGGCUCUUUAAUAUAAACCAGGCCUGGGUUUUUAAUGCUGAGUCUAAAAAUAGGAAUUUUGAAGACUUCUUGGAAUUUUCAUUCCCAAAUAAAACUAAUGAGUUCUAUUUUUCUUCAGGGAUUGAACUGGAUCUGAAUAGGUCCAAUUAUGAGUAA